AUGGGCACUUCAAAGGGCAGUGUCGCUCCGCCGAUGGCAUACUGCUCAGGAUACUCCGACGACAUCGACGUCAUCCGGGAGGGUGAAUAUCCCUUACUAAAAGACACAACCUACCUCGACCAUGCGGGCACUACGCUCUACGCAAAGUCUCUGAUUGACUCGUUCAGCCGUGACCUGACCGGGAAUCUAUAUGGGAAUCCCCAUUCCAUGUCCGCCUCGUCGCAGCUCUCGGCACAGCGUGUAGAUGACAUUCGUCUACGCGCACUUCGCUUCUUCAAUGCGGACCCGAACGAGUUUGAUCUUAUUUUCGUGGCGAAUGCCACUGCUGGCAUUAAACUAGUUGCGGACGCUUUUCGGGACUCCCCACGCGGCUUUUGGUAUGGGUACCAUGUCGAUGCCCAUACCAGUCUGGUUGGAGCCCGGGAGCUUGCGGAGGCAGGAUCUAGGUGUUUUGUGCACGAUGAGGAUGUGGAAGCGUGGAUUUCCGAGCUGGGCUCAGCGGGUCGAGAGUUUCCUGGCCUAUUCGCGUAUCCUGCACAGUCAAAUAUGAAUGGACGUCGAUUUCCGAUGCGAUGGUGCAAGCAGAUACGCCGUCGGUAUGCAGAUACAGAUAAUCGUGUCUAUACCCUUCUUGAUGCGGCUUCUUUCGUCUCGACGUCUCCGCUCGAUUUCAGCGAUGCUACGUCUGCUCCAGAUUUCACGGUCCUUAGUUUCUAUAAGAUCUUCGGUUUUCCGGACCUUGGUGCAUUAAUUGUCCGGAAGGAUGCGGGUGGUGUGUUUGAGAACCGGAAGUAUUUUGGCGGCGGCACGGUCGACAUGGUUCUGACCGAUGUGAAUCCGUGGCACGCGAAGAAGCAGACUUCGAUUCAUGAACGGUUGGAGGAUGGGACGCUUCCGUUCCACAGCAUAAUCGCUCUGGAUUCGGCAUUUGAGACUCACCGUCGUCUAUAUGGUUCUAUGCACAAUGUCGCUUCCCAUACGCAAUUCCUUGCAAAGCAGCUGCGCCACCGAAUGGCUGCUCUCAGGCAUUAUAAUGGGGCAAAAGUCUGCCAUCUCUAUACGGCACCCAAUUCGACUGAGCAAACCCACUCUCAGGGUCCAAUUGCUUCCUUCAAUAUAAGAAACAGUCGUGGUAUGUGGGUUGGUAAAUCCGAGGUGGAAAGACUAGCAAGCAUCAAGAAUAUCCAGAUUAGGUCUGGAACGCUUUGCAACCCGGGAGGUACAGCUGCGAACCUAGGUUGGACAGGGACUGAUAUGCGUCGCCAUUUCUCCGCUGGGAUGCGGUGCGGAGAUGCCAACGACAUUAUGGAUGAGUGGCCAACCGGGAUAUUGCGAGUUAGUUUGGGUGCUAUGAGCAGCAAAGGAGAUAUCGACAAAUUUAUGGCUUUCCUAGCGGAGUUUUAUGUCGAUAACCCCCCGGAAAGCUUAUUGGUACCACUCAUGGGAGAUGUAUCCUUACAGCAACCCAGCUUCUACGUCGAGAGUCUUUCCGUCUAUCCGAUAAAAAGUUGUGGUGCCUUCCGAAUACCGGAUGGACAGCGGUGGGAAGUGCGUCGAGAAGGAUUAGCCUGGGACAGGGAAUGGUGUCUUAUUCACCAGGGUACAGGUGCAACACUCAGUCAGAAGAGGUACCCUCGCAUGGCGCUCAUUCGGCCAACAGUCGACCUUGAACGUGAGAUUUUACGCAUCGCUUGUGGGGAUACACAUUCCCCUGAAGGGAAAGCUCUCGAGAUCCCACUCAAUCGCAUGAGCACCAACUCCAUUACUACCUCACUAUGUCAGAACUCUUCCAAACCGUCCACCGUCUGCGGCGACAAAGUGAUUCUCCAAGCAUAUACCUCAACAACGGUAUCUAAUUUCUUCACAAGUUUCCUCGAAGUACCCUGUACAUUAGCAAGAUUCCCUCCACGAUCCUCGACCAGAUCCUGUACUACAAAAAUCAGAACUCAGAACCACGGCCUCCAAAACCCAAUCAUGCCAGGCUCAUUCCCUCAGGGACCUUCUUCCUCACCAACACCCACACGCCAAAACCUUGGCCCCAUCCUCCUCGCCAACGAAAGCCCCCUUCUCCUCGUCUCCCGUUCAUCCGUGAACCGCCUCAACGAAUCCAUCAAGUCCAACACUCCGAGCAACUCUCCCAGUAGCAAGAAGGCCGUCGCCGCGGACGUCUUCCGUGCCAACGUCGUCGUGGCAGAGAACCUCCCAACAGCCGAAAGACCAUACAUCGAAGAUACCUGGGAAUCGCUGGAUGUUGGGCCCGAGAAGCUACGCUUUAAUGUUCUAGGCUCUUGUGAGCGAUGCCAGAUGGUCUGCGUUGACCAGUAUUCUGGCCAGCGCGGUGAAGAGCCUUACGCUACUUUGGCAAAAACGCGAAAGCUUGAUAGGAGGAUACUAUUUGGGAGACAUAUUUCGCCUGCUGGUGAGGGUGAGUGUUUAGGGACCGUCAUGGUUGGGGAUGUUGUUACGCCGUCUUAUGAUAAUGAUUCAUGA